AAGCCACCAAAUAUUGCGUGUGGCGACUUUAAUUAAACGAAUUUCAGGAUUGGGGAUUAGAGAGAGCAGAAUUCAGACGCUAACAAAUCCAGGACCUCCAAUGGCUUCCGUUCCUCUUCCUAUGGCAGUGGCACCACUAAAUUUGUCAUCUCUUUUCAUUAACUCUUCCUCUAACAAUCCUCCAAUCAGUUCACUUUGCACUGUUGGAUUUAAGCAGCUGGAGACGAAUCCAAAAAGGUUGAGGUCAUUUGUGCGUCGAGCUGCUUCAGUAACUUUUCGUGAUUUGGACGCCGAUGAUUUUAGACAUCCUCUUGACAGACAGAAUACGUUGCUUUUGAGAGCCAUACCUGGUCUCAACGACAUUGGAAAAGCCUUACUUGGGAGUGUUUCGGAGCAAGUUAUGCUUCUGGAGAACAUAGGAACAUCAGUUCUUGUUUCUGAAAAUCAGCUCCCUGAACUUCAUCGCUUAAUGGUUGAGGCUGCUAGAAUACUCAAUAUUGAGGCUCCUGACUUAUAUGUACGUCAAAGUCCUGUACCCAAUGCAUAUACUCUGGCUGUCAGUGGUAAAAAGCCUUUUGUAGUUAUUCAUACAAGCCUUGUGGAGCUGCUGAGUCGAAAGGAAUUGCAGGCAGUCUUGGCUCAUGAGUUAGGUCAUCUCAAAUGUGAUCAUGGUUUGUGGUUGACAUUUGCAAAUAUUCUCACUCUCGGUGCCUAUACUGUUCCUGGUAUUGGUGGUUUGAUUGCUCAGAGGCUGGAAGAACAGCUCUUCCGCUGGCUUCGAGCAGCAGAACUCACUUGUGAUCGUGCAGCACUUCUUGUUGCUCAAGAUCCAAAGGUGGUCGUUUCAGUACUAAUGAAAUUAGCUGGCGGCUGUCCAUCUCUGUCGGAUCAACUGAAUGUGGAUGCAUUCUUAGAGCAAGCUCGCUCUUAUGACAAAGCAUCUUCAAGCCCAGUUGGGUGGUAUAUUAGAAAUGCUCAAACAAGGCAACUUUCACAUCCACUCCCCGUUUUACGUGCACGCGAGAUUGAUGAAUGGUCGAGAAGUCAAGAGUAUAGGUCUCUUCUUAAGCGUGCAAUACAGACUGUGCAAAAUCUUUAGCACUGCAUGAGGAUGAAUGUCGAAAUUGAAUACGUGUAAAUAUCCAGGUAUAUGGUUUACUCUUAUAUGCUUUAAUGUCUAGGAAUUGGAGUUUUUUGUAAAUGUUUUAGUACUAUAUAUUCUUCCUUCCAUUUCGGAUUGGUUAGAGGGGUUGUUACUAAAGGUCUGAGGAGCAUUUACUUUCGCUAGGUCUGUAUAACUGUAUUAAAGCUAUUAGCUGAGCAGGAUUCCAUUUGAGAAUAUGCAAAGAAGCAUUUAUUAAGAAUAUAUAAACGUCAAAGGUGCAUGUUAAGCCAGAAUUGCUAACUUGCGCCACUACGAUGGCUCGCCGGAAACGGAGACCCCCUCAAGUCUAUACCCCAACUAUCACUACCAAAGUUCCCACCCUACAAUCAACCCAUUCACAAAGCCCUAAUCAGGAGAUAGAGGAACGAAAUACACAAGUGGAAGUUUCAGUGGAACAUGAAGACCAGUCGAAAUCUAAAAGUCAGAUGGUGGAGGAAGCUUCCCCAAAGGCAAGAUCUGUAAGGCAGAUUACUCUAGCUUCAGGGGUGACGCAAAAUCUAGCCCCAAUUCAACUAGGUAGCUGGAUUUCAGGGGAAUCGAACCAAAGGGAGAAGGAUAGCUAUAUGUCCUUGUAGAUUAUAGCUAUAAAUAAGGACCUCUUGUAUUGUAUUGAGUAUCUAAUAUCGAUAAUAUAUUUUCUCC